UUAGAUGCGGUGUUUGGGUGUUGGGAGUGGAAUAGUGAUCACUGAAAGAAGAAUGUUCGGAAUUGAUCGUUCUCCGUUUGAUUAGAGCCGGGUUGGAUUUACGGAUAUUUUUUUUAGUUCCAUGUAAGAUGUCAGAGAUUAAAAACACUUCUUACGAAUAGAAUGGAAACCCGUUUCUCACGGUUCUUGGUCCUUCAAUCGGCCAUCCAGAUCUGAACUGCUGUAACAAUUGUCAAGAUAGUCCUUGAGGCAUUUUUUCACAUUUUUUUCCCAGUUGUGGUCCAAUAGGGUGGAACAGUGCUGUGGAGCUGAUGCCGCCAUCAGCAGAGGAUGCCAGCACCGCCGGACUGCCAGGCAGAGUGGCGCAGCUAUACUAUGCCUAUGGGCUGUUUGCAGCCUCACAUCCAAAGCUGCUCAGCUCGGCAGUGCUGACCAUUGCCAUCAUCUGCAGCAUCCCCGUGGUCAACAUGCACCUGCCUAGCAACACUCCGCAGGAGUUUCGGACGUCGCAGUCGGCCUCCGCUGCCCCAAAGUCGAGUCAGACGGCGCCCAUAUGGUUCCGGGAGCCUCCCACCGUGUACAUUCAGCAGGUUGUGGUGCGUGCCGCCGUCACCCCAUGGCAGGGGGACAUGAUCCUGACCGACGCCUACCGCGCGCCUCUCUCUCACGUGUUCGCCCUCACCGAGACCAUCAGUAACUUCCAGGACGGCAACGCCUCCAUGUUGGAGGAGUGCUUUCGCGCCGAGGAGCCGCUGUACCGCAGCCCGGCGCUGCUGGAGACACACUUCCCGCGCUACAACUGCCUCAUCCUGUCGCCGGCCGUGCUCUGGAAGAACAGCCGCGCCCGCUUCAUGCAGGACGACAACAUCAUCGAGACGGUGGUGCGCCAGCAGAAAGAAAUAUUCUACAAGACUACUAUCUCCAAUCUGCUGUUUGGUGUACCUGCUAAGGAAACAGCAUUUAAGCGAAUCUACAAACGGCAGAGGUUUCUUACCUACGCUGUAACCAUCGUUCUCAAAAGGAAUAACCCUCAGCUGCUGUCCCAGCUGCGUACGCGCCUGCUAGAGCUGUACCCACUACAUGCCGCAGAGAACGUCAACAUCACUUCGGACCAUGUUCACAUCUUCUUUCCGGCGCGCACCAGCGUCUACGAGCUGCUGCCCGUGGCGCUUAUCUACGUCAUUCUCUUCAUCUACAUAUACUUCUCGGUGCGCAAGAUGGAGUCGGUCAAGGCCAAGCUGGCCAUGUCAGUGAGCGCGCUGGUGACCGUGUUCGCCACGCUAAUGAUGUCGUCCGGCAUCCUGAUCUACCACGGCCUGCAGCAGACACUGAACAGUCGCGAGCUGUUCCCGUACCUGGUGGUGGUGGUCGGUUUCGAGAACGUCAUGGUCAUCACCGAGUCGGUGUCGAACACGGCGCGUGACCUGAACCCGCGCAUCCGGAUCGCGCAGGGCCUCAGCCGUCAGGGCUGGAACAUCACCAAGAACCUCUUCCUGGAGAUCACCAUCCUGACGAUCGGCAUUCUCACGUUCAUCCCGCUGAUCCAGGAGUUCUGCAUGCUGGCCGUGGUCGGCAUGUGCUGCGACUUCUUCCUGCAGCUGGGCUUCUUCGCCGCCACGCUGAGCAUCGACACGAGCCUGCAGGCGGCGCUGCCAGCCGCCGCCAGCGCCGCCGAGGGCUCCAGUUACACCGACCUGCGGCUGCGGUUCCCGAUCGGCGCUGGUGGCGUCCAGAUGCAGCGAUCUCAGUCCCAGACGGGCGCGCUGUGCGAGCCGCACCACCGUCCCUCCAGCGUGGUCAACUCCGUGUACACGCCGGACGGCCUGCUGGGAAAGCUGCCGCGCCGGCUGUCCCUCUUCUACCUGUGGGCGCGCUCGCGCGUCAUCCAGCGCCUGUUCUCUGCCGGGCUCGUCGUCUGGAUGGUGCUGCUCGCCUAUAACGGCGGUCUGGUGCAACAGCUGCCGGGCGAGGACGACCUGACCCGCCUGCGCCACCGCGACCCGGCCGUCUGGCACCGGCUGCACGCCUUCCACUGGCUUUCGCUGCUGCGUGCCUAUAACGUGUCGGCGCGCCACGGCUACGUUACCGUGCUGCCGCCAGUGUACACCAGUCUGGCCGUGCCGCCGCAAGAGGCGCUGCAGGCGCGGCAGGCACGCGACGCCGAGGUCUCGGACCGCGUGGUGGACCGCAUCGCGCAGACUCUUGGCCAGCUCGACAUAGCCGACAUUGACGAGACGGGGCAGCCGUCGCAGUACCCCAGCCGCAGCUCCGACUCGGCCUACGUGCCGUCCUCACCGUUCGAGCUGUUCCUGAUGCUGCUACUGGCCCUGCCAUCCAUCGCCUUCAUCGUGUACCUGAUGGUGGUGCUGUAUCGGUGCGUGUGCUCGCGCAACUACGCCGAGUGGCGCUCGUCAUGGGGCUCGGAUGGCGCCGGCGCCGACGGCCAGCGCCAGCAGGUGGUGCUUGAGGCGUUGCCGCUGCGGCUGGCCGGCCACGCCCAGCAGGUGGAGUGUCUGGAGACGGACGGCUGCCUGGUGGCCAGCUGCUGCCUGGCCGGGCAGAUCCGCGUCUGGGACGCCAUCACUGGCGACUGCGUCAGGAUCAUCAACAGGGGAGGGGUGCAGGCGAGUCCACGCGCCAGCCAUGAGGACGUACACUCCGACUACGGCUCCGGAGGAUCACCACCCAGCCGGGGCGAGCGGCCGCUGGACCAGCUGGCCAAGCGACUAUCAACGCCGCAGCUGUCGCAGCCGGCCGACGGUCUCUGGCCGGCGCUCGACCUCACCUUCUCGGCUCCAGCCGGGCCGCCGACCGCUGACGGCGCGUACGACUUCUCCCGCUUCCUGGCGGCCGGUCCCGCGGUGGCCGGCGCGGCGUGCGACGACGACCGCCCCACCACGGCGCCCGAGCGCGGCGCCAUCUGGUGCAUGGACUGCCGCCAGGGCCUGCUGGCCGUUGGCUGCAGCGACGGUGCCGUUGAAAUGUGGGACGCGACCACCGGCGCGCUCAAGCUGGUGCAUGACGAGGUGGCCGUGCCGGUGACGCACGUGCGUCUGGUCGACUCGCGGCUAGUGGUGGCCCGCUUCAACGGCACCAUCCACAUCCUGACGCUACAGGCGGUGCAGCACGGCGUGCCCAUCGACUGGUCCUACUACAGCUGUCUCAGGCCGGGUGCGCACAGCAGCGCGGACGACGUGCGCUGGGAGGCGGCCACGCAGCUGCGCUGGACCGAACUGUAUACGGCGCGCGCCCACCAGCAGCUCAUCACCGUGCUCGAGUGCUCGGCCGGCCGCGUCGUCUCCGGCGGGCUCGACCACACGCUGCGGGUGACGCGGCUGGAGGACGGCUCGGCCGUGCACACACUGCACGGCCACUACGGCACCGUCACCGCCCUCUUCGUCGACCGGUGCCGCGCCGAGCCGGCCGCCGGUGGCAGCGGCAGCGCCGAGGGCACGCUCUCUGUCUGGGACUUGACGUCAGGCCUCUGCAUGUACAGCGUGCCAGCUCACGACGGCGCGGUGACGUCACUCAACUACAACGCCUCGUACAUCCUGAGCACGGGCGGCGACGAGCGGCUGUGCGUGUGGGAGCGCUUCCAGGGCCACCUGAUCAGCACCAUCCAGCUGACGCACGCCUACUGCAGCCAAGUCAUCCUGCUGACGGCCAACCUGUUGGUCACGUCUCGCCAGGGUUCGCUGAUGGUGUGGGACCUGGAGCUGGGCGAGCCAGUGCGGCUGGUGCGGCUCGGCGACCGGGACAGCUCCGUGUUCGUGCGCCAAAUGACAGCCGUCGGCGACGCCAUCGUGUGCGACUACGGCGCCGAGCUGCGUGUGGUGCGCUUCCCUCCCGUCGGAGGCCAGCAGAAGAAGGAGCGGUGAUUGCGUGUCGGCGCCGAGCUGCGUGUGUUACGCUUCCCUCCCGUCGGAGGCCAGCAGAAGAAGGAGCGGUGAUUGCGUGUCGGCGCCGAGCUGCGUGUGGUGCGCUUCCCUCCCGUCGGAGGCCAGCAGAAGAAGGAGCGGUGAUUGCGAGUCGACGCCGCGACGACGGCGUGCUCCGCGCUGGAGUGUCUGGAGGUGGAGGAGGUGUCUGGCGGCUUGGCCUGGCCAGGUAGGCGGGUGUGGAGAUAGGCGAAGUGAUUGACGGUUCCAAAGAGAAGACCUCCAAAGAAGAGCGGUAGUGUACCUGAAUGCGCCUGACGUGGACCGCUCAGCCGGUAGCCCGUUGUGGGAUCCCGAAUGUGCAUGUUGGCAAUUUGACCGCUGCUGUGUCCGUCAACUCCUCCACGGGUUGAAACGACAAGACAUCAUCAGGGCAGAGGUGCUGGCAUUAAGCUCUCUGACGUGGUUGUCUGGCUCUGGGGCGGCGUUUUGGUCAGGCACUUGGAGGCCAUGAGUGACGGUGAUGUGCUGCGAGAUUACGGGCGGCGGGCGGCGUGCGCCGGCGGCCCCGCGGAGCGCGGCCAGGCCACUGCGCCGCCCGCGCGCUGCCACGCUGCGUACCGGGGCUUCGGGGGCGGUACUCGCGUACGUGAUCACCACGCCGCCGCGCGCGCGGCUCGGGUAGAGGAACGCCCCGUGGCUGACAACUCCGACGCGGCGCAAUGCUGGCUACCGAGCGUCGGGGAGCCGCGUGCCGGGUGGCUGUAGCGGUGUUUGCGGCGCCGGUGGCGUCGGGCGGGAGACGGCACGCCCUGUUGUAAGGUGUGGGUGCCAAGACGUGAACUGGCCCGGCGGAUGCCUCCAUGGGAGGUGUGGAGACUGAGCCAUUGUUGGCCAGCUCUUAGUCUAUUUUUAGUCCCUCGCAACCUCCAAGGGAGCGUGUUGUGUUCGAAACACAGCUGUGAAAUAUACCAUCU